AAGGCAAGAGAGGAAGCUCGGUUACAGCCAACACCUGCAGUGAAGCAGGGGGUUUUCUUCUUUAAGGGUGAAUCGGCAAUACAGAUCAUCUGGUCAAGACUCAGCGAUCUCCGCGGAGCGUGCUGGUGUGCCCAACGACGACUUCAUGCUGACAUGCUACGUGGUCAGCUGCCCGCUAUUAAGCCCCUGUGGCUGUUGUGGCUGCAGCCGGUCAAG